CAGGUUACUCUCAGCCCUCUUGUGGAAAAUGUAGAGUGACUAAACGCCGCCUUAAACUGAAAAAAUACUGCAGGAGAGACUAUGCACUGGUGGCGCGUGUGUUCAACAAGGAGGUGCUCGGGGAAUACACCCGGUUCGAUAUUCAGGUGACGAAUGUAUUCAAGAGGACCCGGUCUGACAGAGUGCGGCGGGGUGGCGACCAGCUGUGGGUGAGGAACGAAGACCUCACUUGCAAGUGUCCAGACAUCAAGAUGGGCUACGAGUACUUGAUCCUCGGGAGGAAAGAGAGGAAGCAGCGUCCUGGUUUAGUCAUUAAUCGCCAGAGUAUCAUCAUCCGCUGGCGAAACAACAAACAACUACGCAUGCGACGCUUCCUGAAGAAGGCCGCGAAGAAGUGUCGGCCGUCGAGGUACUGAAGAGGACGUGGUCUGUCACGACGUGCACGAGACCACACUCGUGGUCCAAAUCCUCUUCCUAAGGAAGAGAGAAGUGGGUAAUGUGUGAUCAGAUCCGUUGCUUAUUAUGCAAAGGCAUAAUAGAUAUCAGUACAAUGGUUAGACGAGAGAAUGAGAUAUCUGGCAAAGAUAAGCAGGUGAGAAACGAAUGUGGGGCGAAGGAACUGAAGUGAAGGGAGGGGACAAAAGUGAACGGAAAUAUAGUCAUUGAGGGGUUGUGGCAUGUCCAUAAAUCGCGGAGAAAAAAAAUCGUAAUGUGUAAAAGCUGUUUAGUGGAGCCCGGGACUGUAUUAACAGUAAGUCGGGCUGCGCUGCAUAUCACUCUUAGCUUAACACGUAGAGUAGAGCAGCGACUGGGCUGCCGACGAGUUGACUGCGUUGUAUCAAUGUUCACCAAUGUCAGACUAAUAUUUGUUCGAAUUCUUAAUGGCAAGUCAGCCAUUGUACUGCUUUAUGCUCUCUUAUAGUGUACGUUUUUUUUUCAAUAGUGUACAUAACGACCACAUUUAUGUGUGUUCAUUAAAUAAAUAAUGUUCAUAUUAACAGAAAAAUAUAUAUCCAGAUAGAUUUAGUCGAGUCGACACACACCUAGACCAAAAAUGCCAAACUGUGACCCAACUGCAACAAAAAGUUUUUCUCGCUAUAGCAAAGAACUGGAAAGGCAGAAAAUCCUUGUUAAUAGUUUCCUCAUUAAAGCGAGGGACUGGAAGAGGAAGAUCUCUGUCACCUAUUUUCUCACUGUAGGGAGGGACUCGUGGGCAGCCAGAAGAUUGCACUUGGUGCCGUGAAGUGUUCUUGGGGGCGUGUGUUGACAGGGUGCCCCAGACAAGGGGCGUUUGGUUGACAGCUUGACGGGAGCCACCUCACCCGUCACACAAGUUCCUAAUUUGACUAGGGCCGUUUACGAAUGAUUUUGAGAGGGAUUCGAGCACAGACGUCAUAUUAAGUUUUUGAUCCCACUCAAUUAUUUCAAGCGGCAAUACUACCACUAAUAUUCUAUUGCGUCAGUCUUGGAUGAAGGAUAGGAAGGUGGAGAAAGAGUUAAAAUUUCUUCAUAUUUUGCUAACAUUCAUAAAAUUUUAUUGUUUACUAUAGAAAAUAUUGAGAUUAAAGUCAAAUUAGAAUCUUACUAAUGAAAAGGGUUAAAGAAAUGCUGGUAGAUGAAAUCCAGGGCUGACGGAGAAUAUUGUAGGAUGUUGAAGUAAUGCUGUAAAUGUUGCCGUCUGUGUGGGUACUUAACACACACCUCUCCUGCUUUAAGGAUACAUCACUUUGUACUGAGGACACGCAUCACUAGACCGCACUGCACACCCUCAUAUGCAUCUCUGUAUGAAAACUUGUCAAGUCAGGUAAACUACUUGGUGUAUGUAGUACUGGUUAUGCGAAUGAGCUUUUAUUGUAGUGAGGUGUAUUUAUAUAGUCAUUAGCUGUAUACACAUAGGGAGCAUAGUGUCCGAGUACUGUGGGGGUGGUGCUGUGUUAGUCUAAUUCUGUGCUGCGUUGUCUCUGUACACUUUUUACAUUUAUCUUAUGUACAAAUUUCUCUGUGUAAUUAAUUAUUUUAUUUAAACCUAAAUACUUUGCCCAUUAGUAUGUAGGCCAAUGGUACAUAAGUACUAAGAAAAUUAUUUAUGUUGAGCUUAGAGCAUCGGAGGUAAAUAAUAAUAGGGUGGUAUUUUAUGAAUUAUCUGUCUAGUUCUUCAGCACACUUAUGCUCUCUUAUAAUUAAUGUAACGCAAAAAGUUCAACAUAAACGCUGAUUAUUGCCGGAAUCGGAAUAACGCACAGUAAAUAAGCGAAGAAUUUGGGUGUGUGUCCUGUGUUGAAUGCAACACAGUGGUUCAGUCAUAUUAAAACUAAUACAACUCGUAUCUGAAGCACAAUUUCAAAAACUGUUGUAGCCGUUAUGUCUCGAUACAAAUUUAUUUGGGGAGAAAAAUGACAAUCGCAGGGGAUUGCGCGUUAGGAUAAAUUUCAAAAAGAUCUUUUGAGUUAUGUACGGCGUAUUUCCUUAGACUUGUAUAAAAAAAAAGGAUGACUGUAAACAAUUCUAAAUAUAAAAUUCACAUUAGUUUGACAAUGCAGGCAUGAGUAUAUUUGAUAAAUUACCCCUCAAAAUAAUUAUACUUAUGUACUAGCAACUUUAUCACAGUUGCAUAGUAGUACUAGUAGUAAUAUGUGGGUGAUAAUGGGAUGAGGGACAAGAAACUGUCGAGUAAUCGUUCAAAUAGCUGAUGCACUAUAGUCAUACAAGCCAAAGCUUCCAUUUUUGGUUAGGCUUGAUCGUUACUCAGCUGAUGGCUUGCAAUUUGAGUGUUAACAUCGUAUUGCCAGGUGUAGGCUGGAGACCACAUUACACCAUGAAUAAAAUUUAUUUGCUUAAUCCUGUGUAUACUAUAUAACACCCUCCUCCGACACUAGGUGGGACAUACGCUCUAAUGUAACUUAUGACCCGUCACGAACUUUACUAACGUUGGAAAUAUUCAAGAAAUAAAGAGGUUUUGACAGACGAGUCGUAAUAUAACCAUUUUCUUUUAUGACCGUCAUGGCUAGGACACCAAACAAGUUUUGUCCAUUAAGUCUUAGCACAAGCAGACUUUUGGCUUUUUAAAGUUAUCAACUCAGUCAAUGUACACACAAGGAGGGGACGUAAAUAGCGCUACUUACAUGCCACAAGUCUAUAAAAAUAUAAUCUCAAGAAAAUUUACUCAUGCUCUAAACUACUAUAUAAUUACUGUAUUAUCAUAAUCAAAAAUGAAGCGCCAAACUAUAACUACUGUAAAAAAAAACAGAAAAUUAAUAUUUCAUGUAAGAGAAUAAAGAGCAUUGAUUUUAAUGUAUUUUUAAUAAGAGUUAAGCAAUAUUAUGACUGUGCAGACAAAUCACACACAACGUAGGCCUACAUGUUAGCUUACUUGAGAAAUAGAAUUUGAUAUGAACUUUACUAGAAUAAUUUAAUUUAUACCUCAGAAGAAAUGCAAUCAAAUAGUGUGUAUGGAUUUUUCCACUGUAGAUGAAUUCAGUAUGUUGUAACUUGCGUUUGUAUUUAAAAUUUUAUGUAAUUGAUGUUCAAAUUAAGAUUUACUUAAGAUGUUAUCAAGCGCGCAUAUUGGUUUCGAUGCUGUAGCCGCAGUGGGCACUGAGACCCGAAUGUUAGGCCUACUACUGCCACAGCAAGUGAGAGGUGCUCACUCGCAUUCCCACUCUGUCAUUGGCUAACUUAUAUUUCUAAUUCGGCUCUUACUGUCUCACGAUAUAGUCAAUCACACAUGCUUAAGCCUGCUUUGUAACUAGUCCUAUUGGCUGCAAGUGCAUCAAAGCUGCAAUUCAUCCGUACACAAGAUCACGAGUACCGAUGUACACACCUGAGUGCGCGAGCGCAUGGGAAUUAUAUAUAAUUUUGGCAGGUAUGAAAAUUAAAUCUUAUGACGUUUAUUGUAAAGUCUAUCAAUAUUUUGGCGAUAAAUCUAUCACCAUCAUUAGGUUUCAUUUCUGUAACAUGAUAUAAUGUAUAAACUUUAAUAUAUGAUAGAAAAUACAACAUUAUAAAACAUGAGAAAAGUAAAAAAAAAAAUGGAUA